AUGUCGUCUACUAAAAAGCCGAAUUUUAUGGUAAUUGUUGCAGAUGAUCUUGGCUUCACUGAUACAUCGGCAUUUGGAGGUGAAAUCAAUACCCCGAAUCUUCAAAGACUAGCAGAGAGGGGUUUAAGAUUCACUGAUUUUCACACCGCUUCUGCAUGUUCUCCUACAAGAUCAAUGCUUUUAUCAGGAACAGAUAACCAUAUUGCUGGACUUGGUCAAAUGAAUGAGUUUGCAGAAAGAAUCCCUGAAAGGUUUGGAGGUAAACCCGGCUAUGAAGGAUACCUAAAUUUCAAGGUAGCAGCAUUGCCUGAAAUUUUGAAAGAUUCUGGGUACUACAACUUUAUGUCCGGUAAAUGGCAUUUGGGGCUAUCUCCCGAGCACUGGCCCGACAAAAGUGGAUUUGAAAAAUCCUUCGCAUUACUACCUGGUGCUGGAAACCAUUUCAAGUACUUUCCAAAGGACAAAAAAGGCGAAUACUUAAACUUUUUAAGCCCAAUUUUUGAGGAGAAUGGAAAAAGAUUGGAUCCUGAAGUCGAUAUUCCUGAGGACUACUACAGUACUGAUUAUUUCACUGACAAGUUUAUUGAUUUUCUCAGAUUGGAUGAUAGGAAGGAGAGACCAUUCUUUGGGUUUUUAACCUACACGGCCCCUCACUGGCCGUAUCAAGCACCUGAUGAGAUUAUUGCUAAAUACAAGGGGGUGUAUGACGAUGGUCCUGAAGAGUUGAGGCAACAGCGUUUAACCAGAGCAAUAAAACUUGGAAUUUUGCCGGAGGGUGUUGAGCCGCAUAAGGUUGAAACUCAAAGAGCCAAGGCUUGGAAAGAGUUAAAUGAUAAAGAAAAAGAAGUGGAGAGUAGGAUAAUGGAAAUUUAUGCUGCUAUGGUUGAAAUUAUGGAUACCAAUAUUGGUCGUGUAUUGGAUGAAAUUAAGCAUUUAGGGGAAGAAGAAAACACAUUUGUUUUGUUCAUGUCUGAUAAUGGUGCUGAAGGAAUGAUGAUGGAAGCGCUAUCCACUACUGCAGAAAGAUUUCAAUAUUUUGUUGGUAACUAUUACAAGAAUGAGUUCCACAAUUUAGGGAAAAAAGAUUCAUUUGUUUGGUAUUCAGACCAAUGGGCCCAAGCAGCUACAGCACCUUAUUAUAUGUAUAAGAUGUGGGCUUCUGAAGGUGGUAUAAGGUGCCCACUUAUUGUCAGCUAUCCUGAUCUAAUCGAGAAAAAAAACGAUGGAAUAGUCAAGCCUGCUUUUGUCACAGUUAUGGAUAUUCUACCUACUAUUCUCAAUAUUGCAGGAAUCGAGCAUCCAGCUCCAGUCUUUCAAAAUCGUCAGGUUGCAUGUGUUAAAGGAACUCCAUGGACGAAGUACCUUCAAGGUAAAUCUGAUCGUGUUCAUGACGAAGACAAGGUGACCGGAUGGGAAUUGUUUGCACAGCAAGCAAUAAGAAAAGGUAGGUUUAAGGCUUUGUUCAUACCUAAACCUUUAGGUGAAGACAAAUGGCAACUUUUUGAUUUAUCAAAAGAUCCGGGUGAAACCAGUGAUUUGGCCUUGGUUAAGCCUGACUUACUGAAAGAAUUAGUCAAUCAUUGGUCAGAGUAUGUUGCGGAAACAGGCCUUGUUGAAUGCGCAGAUAUUUUCUAUGAGACACUUAAAGGAGAAUAUGAGCCGAGAGUUUUAUAUUAG